GUGCUAAAUGACAGUGUCCUUUGGACGGGGAACAACUGUUUGGUUUUAUUAUUUUUUUAAUGCAGAUCACGGACUUUAACUCUUUCACGCAGGGUUCGGUUUCGCUUCGCUCUGACAUUUUUUUUGUGAUCAGCUGUGCGUGUCGGCAGCAGGAACAUAAUGUGCUAGAAUCCUCUUAUUUGUGGUUUAUUGCAUCAGAAAUACGGUUCGGAAACGUCUCAACCACCCUUUUUUUUAGCGGAAUCAUUUGUUCUUUAAACUGUGUGACGAGCAGCAAAAAAAAAAAAAAAGGAAGGAAGUGUGUGUCUGAGCACAUGGCUGUGAAAGCAGGCUGAGAGUUCUCACUCGGACCCGCAGCACCUCAACCCGCCCCUCCCUCUCUGUGCGCCUCUCUGACGGAACCAGAACCGGCAUGACCCUGGGCUCGGUGUCCGGAUCCAGAAGCUCGUCGACCGGCAGCUUCUGCUCCUGCUGCGGGGCGAAGAUGGUUCAAAACUUCAGCGACGACGCUGUGGUGUCCAAGAAUAAAAUCAACCAACUCAUCAGUGAGAGUUUCCUCACAGUUAAAGGUGCAGCACUUUUCCUCCCAAGGGGAAACAGCCCCACUCCGAAUGCAGCGCCUCGUAUCAGCCAGCGCAGGAACAAACACACAGGUGACCUCCAGAAACAUCUUCAGACCAUGUUCACUGUGCUGCGACCCGAGGACACCAUUCGACUGGCUGUACGUCUAGAGAGCUCCUACCCUCAGGUUACUCGCUACAUGGUGGUGGUUUCAACCAGUGGAAGACAGGACACUGAGGAGAGCAUUGUGCUUGGCAUGGACUUCCUUUCUUCUGAUAGCUGCUGCACGGUGGGUUUGGUUCUACCUUUGUGGAGUGACACGCUGAUCCACCUGGAUGGAGACGGUGGUUUUAGUGUGUCAACAGUCAACCGAGUUCACAUUUUCAAGCCUGUUUCUGUCCAAGCCAUGUGGUCAGCCCUCCAGUCACUGCACAAAGCCUGCGAGAUGGCCCGCUGCCAUAACUACUACCCAGGCAGCUUGUUCCUGACCUGGGUCAGCUACUACCAGAGUAGGAUCUCAUCUAACCAGUACUGCAUCAAUGAGUGGAAUGCUAUGCAGGAUGUCGAGUCGUACCGUGCCAAUUCGCCAGUUUUCUUCACAGACCUACCCACAGAGAGAGAGCGUACAGAAAGGCUGAUCAGAAUGCGCCUUCGAGAGAUCAUAAUGCAGAAAGACCUGGAGAAUGUCACCUGCAAGGAGAUCCGAACAGAGCUGGAGAUACAGAUGGGGUGCAACCUGAGGGAGUUCAAAGAGUUCAUAGACAACGAGAUGAUCAUCAUCUUGGGACAGAUGGAUAGUCCUACUGAAAUAUUUCAACAUGUUUACCUGGGCUCUGAAUGGAACGCCUCUAACCUGGAGGAGCUGCAGAACAGUGGAGUACGCUACAUAUUGAACGUGACCAGAGAGAUAGACAACUUCUUCCCAGGGAUGUUUGAAUACCACAACAUCAGAGUUUAUGAUGAAGAGGCCACCAACCUGCUGGAGUACUGGAACGACACCUACAAGUUCAUCACCAAAGCAAAAAAAGCCGGUGCCAAGUGUCUGGUUCACUGUAAGAUGGGGGUGAGCCGCUCAGCUUCCACAGUGAUCGCUUACGCCAUGAAGGAGUACGGCUGGGACCUGGACACUGCUUUCGACUACGUUAAAGAGCGGCGAACCAUCACCAAACCAAACCCAUCCUUCAUGAAACAGCUGGAGGAAUAUCAGGGAAUCCUGCUGGCCAGCAAACAAAGGCAUAAUAAGCUGUGGCGCUCACGCUCUGAUGGCAACCUGUCAGAUCACCCAGAAAUUAUAUGUAAACCCUCCUCGCACUCCCUGAGCCACUGUGACUCUCACAUCAACAACACCGCCUCCUCUGCCGCACUGCAUCACUUCCUGGGUGUGGCUGUGCUGCAUGCGCUUGGUGCUGACUCUCAGGACUCUGGCAGAACGGCCAGUUCACACUCUUCUGACCCGCAUAUGUGCUCCAACGGUGUGUGUGAGUCACCAGCAACCGAGGAGGUGGAUUCAGAUUGUGAGCAGUGUGAAGACGCGGACAGUUCAGCGAACGUGGCCGUCGCAGUGCCUACUCUUGUACCUCACCCUCCAGCAUCGCUCCACAUCCUACCCCCUACUCCCGAACGCCAAAGUGCUGAGAUUGCUCCUCCCACGAAGAUGUCCAGUUCUUUGCCCAAACAUGACCUCGUAAAACUGCCGCUUCCUCUGUCUGAGCGAAGCAGCUCAGACGAGCUCUCGUCCCUCACAGUGGGCUCCAGUGACUUGGACAAUUUGGAGUCCGAUUUAAUCAGCGACACGUACAGUCCCUUCAGCCCGGAGAACACCAAACCUCUCACCCUGGUGCUUUCCUCUAGUCCCAGUGAUGACAACAACAACCCCAGUGAGCCACAGACGAACGUCGCUUUGGACAGCCGUGGUGAAGCAGACGGGUCCUCCAACCACAGCACCGACAGCAUCGACUUCUUUAGCGCCAGGGAAAAAUUUCUGGGUUUGGCUCAAGAUGAUAGAGCUUGGACACUUUCUGACGAGGUGCAGCAGAGGACUCUUCUCUCACCUGUCCCUCUGGAAAAUGAAGAAACCAAGAAGGAGAAAGAAGAUUUGCAGGGGGACGGGAUGGCACAGACUCCACCCCAUGCUGAAGAUAACACCAGUGAAACUGAUCCGGAGCGUCCGAAUAACCACGACGGUGGGAAAUCAGUCCGCCAUAUUGUCACUGAGCUUGAAGCCAUAUGCCAGCCCGCCUCUUGCCUUCUUUCUCCCGCUGCCGCCUCCUCGUCAGCCCAUCUCGUGUCUUCUCAAAGUUCUCAGGAGGAGACAGAGACCUCUGUAGUCACCCAUGAGUCUUUGACCCUACCUUCACAGUCACCCACCACUCUGCCAAGUGACCGGCGGUCAGGCUCAGUGCGGCGAGCCACUCAGCAGCUGGAGGAGAAGCUGAGACAGGAAACAGAGAUGGCAGCGUCACAGCGAUCCCCUCUGCACUCCCCGACUUCUGAACACCCUCCUGCCCAAAUGUCUCCCUGCCACCUGAACUCUGGCAGCCCUUCCCCCGACUCUUCUCUGCACUCCGCAGGGCAAACGCCUUCAUCAGGUCCUCAGACAUUUCAAGGUAAAAAUGAUUCGGUAUCGAUUAAUGCUGAUCCCAAAGACGGAGAGGAGGAGACGAUGUUAAAACAAGAGCUUCAAAGCCCUGCCUCCCCCACAACGGACAACUUCCAGCACACUUUGUGCUUCUCUGAUAUCGGCCAAGGUUCUGGUGCUGCGCCUAACGUUGUGCCGACAUCAGUGGAUAAUCACACAGCGACAGAAGCCCAGGCUUCAUCUGGACUGGUGGCCACCACCAGUCAGUCAGAAGGAUCACUUCUGCUUACCUCAGCUCCAUCCCAGAGGCAGAGCCCACUCAACCACCAAAACCCACAGGUCACAUCUCCAUCUCAGGCCUCUUCCAAUCACAUCACUCUGCAAGGAGUGACGAUGCAGGAAUCAGACACAGACCCCGGGCCGGGUUCCGGUGUGCAGAGCAGGCGAGUGGGCUGCGGCCCCGGCUGUGAUGCUUUGAACCGGCUGUCUCAUGGCAGCCAGGAGCUGGAGAGAAUCCAGCAGACGCUGAGGGAGCUUCAGGCGUUCCUCCAAGAGGGUGUCGGCCUCAAGACACCUGACAACAGCCACGACCCGGAGACGCCUCGAGUGCAGAGAGAGACGAUGGACACGCAGCCUGCACCUUGUAAAGAGACCAUUUGUGAACGUGUCCAUCUUGGACUGGAAGCAGGUCCGCGGCCCCGAGAGAGACCGGGGAAGAAAUGCCUUGAGCCAAAAGGGUGGCACGGAGCCGCCGAGCUUGAAGCUCGCAUUCGCCAAGCAGGUCUCACUCCCCCCUCUCUCAUGAAGCGGUCCGCCUCCUUAGCUAAACUAGACUGUCUGGAGCUGUCAGCCAGUGACCUCAGUGACUGGGACAUAAGGACAGGCACACACAGGACAUCGUCCUCAGAGCACCAAAACACUUUACACAUGUCCCCGUCUCCUUCCGACGACGCCUGGAAAAAGCAGCGAGUUUUUCCUCAGACCUCAUAUGUUGAAAAACUACACGACGCCAAGGAUGCUGACGGCGCAUCCUCGCAUCCAUCGCCGUUGUCCUCAUCCUCAACCUGUCACCAGAGAGACCGCAUAGACGAGGCGGAGAAGCCAGGUGACGGGGGCAACGGAGCUCUUGCUGCUCCAACAGCACGCCAACAGGGCAGAGGACACACGUCACGGCGUCCUCGCAAAGCGUCCGCUGACAAAAGACAGCGAGCCAUCACUGUGCUUUACAACACCAUGUAACCUCACCGCCGAGAACUGGAAAGGGACACGACUGGAACCGCACAUGUGUGAAUGCAGCUGCGUGACGUCUGUGCCGACGUGUGUGAGUGAGUGAGUGUGCGUGCACGAGUCCAAAGCAUGUAAGAAAUGCUGAAUGUCUAUUUGCGUGUAAACCACUGGACAUGUUUUGACUGGAGUUGAGAUAUGUGUGUAUACGGUAAUGAAUACGAACGUCCAAAUUGACACUGAACCAUUGUUUUUCUGUGUGGCCCUGAUUUGGCUAUUUAGUUCCUAGAACUACAGCAAGUGGGGGCUGUUCUCAAAAUAUGCACUUUACUACUUAGAAUCACAAGGCGUUUUAUUUUGGAGUCUUUUCUCUGGACAUGUUUUUGGGUUUUUGUUUGUUUUUGUUUUUGCAUUGAUCUCAGUGGGGGCGUGUCUUCAUGUGCAUUUGUGUUUUCACAAUUAACAGAUGUCUUUAUUCAGAUUUGUAAACCAGCAGAAAGCUGUUUGUUUUUCAGUCCCUUAUCCGUAAAUAAAUGUUUUUGAGUUUUGUUUGACGGC